UGGAGAGAGGAACGUCUCCGACACACACCUGCUCACUCACAGCCUGUGGGAGGCGGUCACCAUAGCAACCGUCUCCGCUGUGGUCAGCCUCAUCACCAUCGUGGGGAACGUUCUGGUGAUGCUGUCCUUCAAGGUGAACAGCCAGCUGAAGACGGUCAACAACUACUACCUGCUGAGCCUGGCCUGCGCUGACCUCAUCAUCGGCGUCUUCUCCAUGAACCUCUACACGUCCUACAUCCUCAUGGGCCGCUGGGCUCUGGGAAGUGUGGCCUGCGAUCUGUGGCUGGCUCUGGAUUACGUGGCCAGUAAUGCGUCUGUGAUGAACCUGCUGGUCAUUAGUUUCGACCGCUACUUCUCCAUCACACGUCCACUGACGUAUCGUGCCAAACGGACCCCGAAGCGAGCGGGAAUCAUGAUUGGAUUGGCUUGGCUCGUGUCUUUCGUCCUCUGGGCUCCGCCCAUCCUCUGCUGGCAGUAUUUCGUCGGAAAGCGAACGGUUCCUGAAGGACAGUGUCAGAUUCAGUUCUUCUCUGAACCUGUGAUCACGUUUGUCACGGCGAUAGCCGCCUUUUAUAUUCCCGUAUCCGUCAUGACCAUCCUCUACUGUCGGAUCUAUAAGGAGACCGAGCGACGCACCAAAGAUCUGGCCGAGCUUCAAGGAGUCAACUCUUCGACUAGUUCAGACACGCAGAAUUGUAAGACUCGUUCGUGUUUCACUUCAAAAGACACGUCCUGGACGUCCAAACCGGCUGAAGAGCAGCUGGCCAACUUCAGCUACGCUUCAUCCGAAGAGGAACAGCGCUCGGCUUCUCCUUGUGUCUUCCGGACGCAACACAAAGAGGAGAACUUCAAGACAAGUCCUGCUCAAAACAAAAAGUGUGUUUCUUACAAAUUCAAGAGCACUAAUGGAGAGCCCUCUUCGUUCUCGUCGGCCGAGUCUGUGAACGCACCGUCCUCCUCCAAACCUGUGGAAGGCACGCUGAAGAGCCAGAUCACCAAGAGGAAGAGGAUGGUUCUGAUCAAGGAGAAGAAGGCGGCGCAGACUCUCAGUGCCAUCCUGCUGGCCUUCAUGCUCACCUGGACGCCCUACAACAUCAUGGUGCUGGUGUCCACCUUCUGCUCCGACUGCGUCCCGCUCUCGCUCUGGCAUCUGGGAUACUGGCUGUGUUACGUCAACAGCACCGUCAACCCCAUGUGCUACGCUCUCUGCAACAAGACCUUCCAGAAGACUUUCCGCAUGCUGCUGCUGUGCCACUGGAGGAAGAAGAGGAGCGGAGCGAAGCCUGCUCAGCUGAGAGAGAUCUGACCUUACACUUAC